AUGGUGUGCAACAAGUUCGGCCUGCGGCAGGACAUACGGUCGUACAAUCUCGGCGGCAUGGGCUGCUCUGCAAACGUGAUUUCUGUGGACCUUGCAAAGCAGCUGUUGGAGAACAGGCCAGGUUCUCUGGCGUUGGUAGUCUCCACGGAGAACAUCACACAAAAUCUUUAUCGAGGAAAUCAGAAGUCGAUGCUCCUGCAGAACACCCUGUUUCGUUGUGGCGGAUGCGCCUUAAUGCUGUCAAGCCGGAUGUCUGAUUCGAUGCGGGCCAAGUACAAGCUCCUGUAUACCUUCCGCACACAUCUUUCAGAUGACAAUUCCUACAACUGUGUCUUUCAGAAGGAGGACAAUGAAGGAAAUAGUGGCGUGGCGCUGUCCAAGGACAUCGUGAAAGUCGCCGGCAGAGCAAUGCGGCAGAACUUUGUGCAGCUUGGUCCUCAUGUACUGCCACUGCGAGAGCAGGCGAAGGUUUUGUGCAACCAAUUCGUCAUGAGGCUCGUCUCACAGGCGAAGAAGAGGAGCUGGCCCUUUGCCGACCGGCUUAGUGUUCCGCAAGGCUACACUCCUAACUUCAGCAAAGGCAUCGAUCACUUCUGCAUCCAUGCAGGUGGCCGUGCAGUGAUAGAAGGCGUGCAGCAGAACCUCAACCUCUCAGAUCGCCAGAUCAGACCGUCAGUUCAAACCCUGCACGACUGGGGGAACACCUCCUCGUCUUCAAUCUGGUACGAGACCGACUGGAUUGAGAGAUUUGGAGACCUGCAUCCUGGGGAGCGAAUCUUGCAGAUCUCGUUCGGCAGCGGCUUCAAGUGCAACUCUGCGGUUUGGGUGGCCCUUCGCGUGGACAAGUCCAAGCAAGGAAAGCCAUUGAAAGAUGAGGUAGCUGAGCCUCUUGUGAGCAAUGGAGAUGCCUGUGCGACAUCCGAAAACGGGGUGGCUGUGAACGGCAAAAGUUGUCACACAAACGGCAAAAGCAUCCCCACGAAUGGAACACAUGAAGAGAAGAAGAGCCAAUAG